CGUGCGUUUUGUCGUCUGCAUCAUCGUGCAUGAAACAUGGAAUGGCGAACAGUGGUGGUGAUAGUGCUGAUUGUGAGCCUUUGCUUCUUUAUCGUGCCGAUCAAAGUAGAUUUCGAUAAAACUGAGAAGGACGCCGAACUGUUCGCCAACUAUAUAGCCCGAUAUAACAAGUCCUACAGGAAUGAUCCCGCGAAAUACGAAGAGCGAUUUGAGCAUUUUCAGAAAUCAUUGCGACACAUCGAAAAACUGAAUAGUUUACGAUCGUCGCAAGAAAGCGCAUACUACGGGCUGACAGAAUUCUCCGAUUUAUCCAAUGAUGAAUUCAUGCAACAAGCACUAAUUCCAGAUUUAUCUUUACGGGGACAAAAACAUACAACAGCGUCAUAUUAUCAUCAGCAUUCUACGGGCUCGAUUAAUCGUAUGAAAAGAAUGAUACCAAUAAUCGGCAUACCCUCUAAAUUUGAUUGGCGAGAUAAAGGAGUCAUAGGACCAGUUAUGAGCCAAGAGAAUUGCGGCGCUUGCUGGGCGUUUAGCACUGUCGGAGUGGCCGAAUCGAUGUAUGCCAUCGAAAACGGAACUUUGCAUUCCUUUAGUGUACAGGAAAUGAUCGACUGCAUGCCAGGCAAUUUUGGAUGCCAGGGCGGUGACACAUGUAGUUUACUGUCGUGGCUGUUGGCCUCAAAAACAAGAAUUAUAUCUGAGAUCGAUUAUCCUCUCACAUUGCAAACCGAUACGUGUAGAUUGCAUAAAAUUUCUGCGAAGACAUCGGGAGUUAGAGUAACGGACUUCACAUGCGACAGCUUUGUAGACGCGGAGACUGAACUUUUGACGUUGCUCGUUACUCAUGGACCCGUGGCGGUUGCCGUGAACGCCAUAUCUUGGCAGAAUUAUUUAGGUGGCAUAAUACAGUAUAACUGCGAUGGUUCGUUCAACAGCCUAAAUCAUGCGGUGCAGAUAGUGGGAUAUGACACGGAAGCUCGUAUACCGCAUUAUAUCAUUAAAAAUUCGUGGGGACCGUCCUUUGGCAAUAAAGGUUACAUUUAUAUUGCGAUUGGCAAGAAUUUAUGCGGUAAGAUCAAUGAACGAGCGAGCAUGUUACAUUCACGCUAAUUGAAUGGAGUGCCUAUUUCUUCGAGCGAAUAACAAAUAUCUUAACGUAUGUUCGCAGGUAUAGCCAAUCAAGUCUCUUCGCUCCAAGUUAUUUAAUCAAUCAAUGAAUGUUAAAUUGAAUGCAGCGUUUUCAAUUUCUGACAAAAUAAAUUGAAUAAUGCUGUGAAAAAAUAUGACUGAAUAAAAUACUUUAUUAAGAACAUUGGUGUUAAUUAUUUCUCAUAUUGUUUGUUACCUCAGAAGUCUAUCAAUAUGACUGCUUUAAUAUAAAAGAUGAUCCAAGACGAAAAGUUAAUCUUUCGGAAAGUGAGACAGUGACAUAUAUAAUUAUUAGAAACUAUACAUAGUCAUAUUUUCCUAAAAAAUCCACCGAUUUCUCUUGAUUUUUAUCCGUAUUUUCUAAUCGUACAAUGCAAUUGAUAACUUCGUUUUUAUUUGCUUUAUCAACAUGUGGAACUAUGUGACUUACAAUUAAUAUCAAGAAGAUCGACAAUUAAAAUUUAGAAAGAUUUUGUAUUUCUUACUUUUUCUUCUUAUAAUAAACGAUUGUGAACGUUCGAGACAUUGACUUUUCCUAGGAUCA